AUGCUGAAGAUACGCCCCGAUGGUGUAAGGAAAUGGCGCGAUAAUGACCAGGCGGUGUACUUGGCGACGACGUGGUGCACGUUCCAGCACUGCAGCACCUUGGGGCUCGCCAUGGACGCCAGUCGCCUUAUGGAACCUGCCAAGGAAUGUUUGCUGAGCGCCCUGUGGGCGCCAGAGCAGGGCGUCGCACAGGUGGGGCACUUGCAGGUCCUCAAAGACUUCAACGACAACAUUCCUGGGCAAUCGGAAACUGCAGCUGGCCAGAUCGCAGGCGAGCUUGAUUGGGAAGACAAGCUCCGGCAGUACGUUCUUGCCCAUCCAAAGGCACCACCUGCAGAGCACAAGAAAAAUGUAAAUCGUUUGUCUAACAUGGAUUACCUGGUCAAAGUGGAUCGCAUUAUCUCCUCGGCGGAGUGUCGUCGGGGUUAA